AUUUUUUUUUGUUAGUUUUCCAGACAAACCACCAUUUCUCACCUACCAUUUCAAUUUUCAGCGUAGUUGAAGAAGCAACGUUGCUAUACUAUAGGCCUCUUUUUUUAAAUCAGUCUUCUGCUUUCGUUUAUAUGUAUUUUCUUCCACUUUUUUCACCUAACUUACCCAAAACUAAAACAAUAAUACUACUAAUAAUAAUAAUAAUAAAAAGAAGAGCAAAUACAGUUAGCUUCGACAAUACUCUAACCUGUAAGCUUAAAUCUUCAAUUUGACCUUCUCCAAUGGCGACAGCCAACGAUCCCGAGCAGCUAAUUGUUUCAUCCAUUGACAAGGGUGAAAAUUCGUCCAGUGAGAUCAACAUCGUCCGAGAGCCACUUCUAAAAGGCGAGCAUCAUGCUGAGAAUUACUCAAUACGCUCCGCAGUACUCCCUUUUCUGUUCCCCGCCUUUGGAGGACUGCUUUAUGGUUAUGAUAUUGGAGCCACAUCCUCUGCUACAAUUUCCAUAGAGUCAGCUUCAUUGAGUGGAAUUUCUUGGUAUGAUUUGUCUUCUGUGCAAACUGGUCUUAUAACUAGUGGUUCACUGUAUGGUGCUUUAAUUGGAUCUGCCGUUGCUUUCCAAAUUGCUGACUGGCUUGGGAGAAGAAGGGAGUUGAUUGUGUCUGCUUUGUUCUACUUUCUUGGAGCUCUGGUAACAGCAUUCGCUCCUGUCUAUGUUAUUCUGGUAAUUGGGCGCUUGCUGUAUGGUGUAGGAAUUGGACUGGCAAUGCAUGCUGCUCCCAUGUACAUUGCUGAGACGGCUCCUAGCCAGAUACGAGGACAACUGAUUUCUCUUAAGGAGUUCUUCAUAGUUUUUGGGAUGCUAGUAAGUACUACAUACUUGCCUGGAAAUUCUGUUGUCUAUAUGAACGUUACUAUAGAGGAAGUUGGAAGCCUUCUGAUAGAAACUGUUGCUGGUUGGCGAUAUAUGUAUGGAGUUAGUGCCCCUUUAGCAGUUAUUAUGGGAAUUGGAAUGUGGUGGCUUCCUUCAUCACCCAGGUGGAUUCUUCUAUGUGCUAUACAGGGGAAAGGUGAGUUGCAGGGUUUAAGAGAAAAAGCCAUAUGUUGCUUGUGCCAGCUUAGGGGAGCUGCAAUUGGUGAUUCAGCAUCUCGUCAAGUAGAUGACAUUCUGUCUGAGCUUUCACAACUAAGCGAAGAAAAAGAGGCGACAAUAGGUGAGAUGUUGCAAGGAAAAUGCUUGAAAGCCCUAACAAUUGGUGCUGGACUAAUCUUGUUUCAACAGAUAACUGGGCAACCAAGUGUCUUGUAUUAUGCUGCAAAAAUUUUCCAGGAUGCGGGAUUUUCGGCUGCAGCUGAUGCUACAAGAGCUUCGGUUUUCCUUGCACUGUUGAAGCUCAUUAUGACUGCUGUAGCAGUGGUAGUUAUUGAUAAGCUUGGGAGGAGGCCUCUGCUUCUUGGAGGUGUGUCUGGGAUUGCAAUGUCACUUUUCCUCCUGGGAUCAUAUUACACUUUCCUUGGUGAUGUUCCAGCUGUGGCUGUUACUGCUCUGCUACUGUAUGUUGGCUGUUACCAGUUAUCAUUUGGUCCUAUUGGUUGGUUGAUGAUCUCAGAGAUCUUUCCCUUGCGCGUUAGAGGGCGAGGGUUGAGUAUUACAGUUCUUGUGAAUUUCGGUGCAAAUGCACUAGUGGCAUUUGCAUUUUCUCCUCUUCAGGACUUACUGGGGGCCGGAACUGUAUUUUUCAUCUUUGGUGGCAUAGCUGUUUUGUCUCUUGUAUUCAUCUUCUUCAUCAUACCAGAGACAAAGGGGCUCACUUUGGAAGAGAUUGAAGCCAAAUAUCUCUAGAACUCACACCUUACUUCUUCUCCAUCUCUCGGACAAUAGAAAGUACACCUAUCACCCUUGGACAAGUUUGUUUUUCAUACUUGAAUGUCUCCUUGUCAGAAUUCUUGAGGCAAUCAAGUUGGUCUGCAACUGUUCUCUCGUAACACCAGUAUGCGAAAUCGAGGGCUGGUGAUUAGCCUAGUUGUGUAAUCGUGUGUAUUAUGUCAUCAACAGUGGAUCAUUACUUUGUACAGAAGGAAAAAAUGGAAAAAAUAGUGUUCCAGUUCGUUGUUUAACUUGAUUUAGGGACACUAUUUUGGCACAGUAUACUUUCUCGAAUGCCAGUGUUGGUAUCCUUUUCUCUAUUUUCGUUGUGAUCAUUACCAUUCAUAAAUUGGUUAUCUAUC